UAAGGAGUAAAUCCAUGGAGUUAAUUUCUAGCUCUAGUUAAUAUGUACUACGUACAUAUUAAGUAUUAACUCCAUGAGUAAAUCAAACCAAAAAAAAAAAAGUCUAUGGUGUAAUUUGUAAAUCAAAAAUAAAUACAUAGGGUUAGAAAUAUAAUAUUAUGUGCAAUUAUGUGUUAAAAGAUUGUCUACCUACCGGGAUAAGCAAUUAAAAAUGAUAGAAUAAGCAUUAGAGGUCAUAAAUAAUUUACAGUUUAUGUGCAUUUCAAACAAAUUACACUUUAUCUGUCCGUGAAUCGUAACGCAUAAACUAAACAUUUAUUUGUACAAAAAUACGCUACGAUAACGUAGAUAUUUAGAAAAAUGUUAAGUCGUCUAUAUGAAAUCAAAAACUGGGCAAUAUUAUCACGGACUUUAACAGUUAGAUUAUAUACAAAUAAAUGUAGUUUGAGGUUAUGGGAUAAUGAUAUUAACACAGAUAUAAAAUUGAACAUUGAAAAAUAUUGGUCACAAGAGGUGUCGCACAUAGAAAAUAAAAAAAAUGCUACACCAUAUUAUGUUUUGCCCAUGUUCCCAUAUCCUUCAGGAAAUUUGCAUAUGGGCCAUGUAAGGGUGUACUCAAUAUCAGAUGCAAUAGCAAGGAUUCAAAGGCUCAAUGGAGCCAAUGUGGUACAUCCCAUUGGAUGGGAUGCAUUCGGGCUGCCUGCAGAGAAUGCUGCCAUUGAACGCAACAUACCACCCCCUCAGUGGACUGAAACUAACAUUAAAUCUAUGAAAGACCAGCUUCACCAAUUGGGAUUUGGUUUUAAUUGGAACAAGGAGAUAUCAACAUGUGAUCCAAAAUAUUAUAAAUGGACUCAGUAUAUAUUUCUAAAAUUGUUUGAGGAGGGUUUGGCUUACCAAAGUAAGGCUCAAGUAAACUGGGACCCUGUGGAUAAAACUGUAUUGGCUGAUGAACAAGUUGAUGAAUUAGGUUGUUCAUGGAGAUCAGGAGCUAAAGUAGAAAAAAAAUAUCUUACUCAAUGGUUUAUCAAAACUACUAAAUAUGCCAAAAAGUUGUUUGAUGGCCUGAGUAGUGAACAUUUAGACAAUUGGAAGGAUAUCAUCAAUUUACAAAAACAUUGGAUCGGGGAAUGCAGUGGAAUUGUUGUAACAUUCAGAAUAAAAAUUAAUGGUGAUACAAAACCACUAGAUGUGUGGACUUCUGAUCCUUAUAAAUAUGUUCAUGGACAAUUUUUAACAUUAUCUACAAAUCAUAUUUUACUUCACAACAUAGAUUUAUCAGACAAUGUAAUCACAGCCUAUAACCCUAUCACUAAAAGUGAAAUACCAGUGUAUAUAACUGAUAAUGUUACUUAUCCAGAAGGAAGAGAUGUCUAUAUUGCUUGUCCAGCUCUCAGUCAGGAAGAUGAUUUGAUUGCACAUAGUUUAAAUAUUCCUGUUACCGAUCAAAAGAGAAUCAACAUUGAUAAUGAAAAUCGUAGUGCAAUAGAUGCAGCUAUAAGUAAACAUAUUGGAGGAUAUUUUGUUAGCUCAAAACUUAAAGAUUGGCUAAUAUCUAGGCAAAGGUAUUGGGGUACUCCAAUUCCUAUUAUAUAUUGUAAGAACUGUGGUACGGUGCCUGUACCUUAUGAGGAUCUUCCAGUUACAUUGCCAAAGAUGGACAAAGAGACAGGCAUUCAAACCCUAGAAAAUGUUAGUUACUGGGUGAAUUGCAAAUGCCCUAAAUGCCACUCAAAUGCUAAAAGAGAAACAGACACAAUGGACACUUUUGUUGACUCCUCAUGGUAUUACUACCGAUUUUUAGAUUCUGAUAAUGAGCGAAAGCCAUUUGAUAAAGAAAAGUUAUUGGAUUGCACACCUGUUAAUAUUUACAUUGGUGGAAAAGAGCAUGCUGUGUUACAUUUGUAUUAUGCUCGUUUCAUGAGCUAUUUUCUACAUUCCUUAGGUUGGACAUAUACAGAAGAACCUUUUAGAAAGUUAGUAGUUCAAGGAAUGGUAAUGGGACAGUCCUAUAAAGUAAAAUCUUCUGGAAAAUAUAUUCCAGCAGAAAAUGUAGACAAGAUUGGUAAAGAAUACAAAGAAAAAAAUACAGGAGAAACUGUUGUAGUUCAGUGGGAAAAAAUGAGCAAAUCUAAAUAUAAUGGUGAAAACCCUAAGAGAUUGCUUCAAGCAUAUGGCUGUGAUACUACUCGUCUACUUAUGCUUGCUGAUGUUCCUCCCGCAACACCUAGACGUUGGUCUGAUGCAACUUUACCUGGAGUUCUAAAUUGGCAACACAGGCUUUGGAUGACUGUUAGAGAAUUCAUCAAACAUCGUAAUAAUGCUGAUAAUUUGAAACCUGUGGACCAGACAAUUUUAGAACAAUGUAAUGAAAAAAUAUGGAAUGCUCGAAAUUAUUUUACUGCAACUACCACUUAUCACUUUAAAUACACCCAUAAACUCAGUGUGGGCAUUUCAAGGCUUCAAAGUUUGACCAGCACCUUGAGGAAUAAUGUGCCUCCUGAGGUUCUGGCCAGAAGUAAAGAGUUUGAAUUAGCUUUAGCAGCAUUGAUAAUUAUGCUCUCUCCUGUCACUCCCCAUUUUUGUUUGGAAUUAUGGGCUGGAUUUCUUUCGGCGCCAAAUCGAAUCUCCGAAAAUACUCAUUUAAUUAAUUGGCAAGAAAAUGUUUUACAUCAACAGUGGCCAAUUGUCGAUAAUCAUUAUGAAUUAUCGGUAUUAUGUAAAGUGGAUGGUGCAGACAGGUGUGAUCUCAAAAUUAAGGCGUCAGAACUUAAGCAUUUACACUACGAGAAAGCUUUACAGCUUAUGCUUGAGGAAAAACCGGUUCAGCAAAGGAUAACCCAUGGCAUUUUACGUACAAAAUACGAGUGCUACCCGGAUUGUCGAGCAAUAUUAAACAUAUUCACAAAAAGGUCGCAAAAACCUGAGGAGGUGCGGAAUGUGGGUUAGGAUCAUUUUAUACAAUGAUUGUUAUUCAUUUAUUGAAAUGUAAGCUUUGGACGUACCGCCCACUCCUCCCUCGAGUUGAGAGUUAAAACCAGGGUGUUGUUUUCAUGAACUUUAAAUAAAUUAUGAUUAAUUGAUGUUUA